GGGGGUUUCUGACUGAUCCUCUGCCUCCUGUCCAAGUUUGGAAACUUCACAAAGAAAUCGUUUGGUUUUAACUCUUUUAAGACCACCUCAGCGUUCCGGGAGUUUUAAUUGAUACUUUAAAAGAUUAAAUGUGUUUUGUUUCCUUCUUAAAGAUGUGUGUGUAUCUUAUUAAUUUUGGCUUUCUUGUUGAUGUGAACAUGGUGACAAUGUGUCUUUGGAUGCUCGGAGGAGAUGGGGACCAAACUGGACAGCCGUGGACAGCGCUUGCCUGAAACGCCGAUUCUCCUGCUCCUCGGAUGCUGCCUGACCGGCUGUGCUUUUCCAGCACCACACGUCUAGACUCUAAUCUCCAGCAUCUGCAAUCCUCACUCUCUCCUAGCCACGGAGGUGACUAAGUUACCCUAGGGAUCUGGACACAGUCCGUGCCAGUGGGAAAAUCACUUCAGGAAGAAUAGGUGGAAACCGAGACUCCAGGCGGUGCCAAUAAAGUGCCCUGAUCACCCCGAGGUGACUGGAACACCAGCCAUGAGCUCUGUAGUUAGGAAAUUCUGCUCCUAUCACACUCUGAAGAAGAGACUCCCUAUCCUGCGUUGGCUGCCCCAGUAUAGCCUUCAGUGGCUGCGGAUGGAUUUACUGGCAGGGCUGACCGUGGGCCUGACUGUGGUGCCUCAGGGCUUGGCCUAUGCUGAGAUCGCUGGCCUCCCUGUUCAGUAUGGGCUCUAUUCGUCGUUUAUGGGCUGCUUUGUCUACUGCCUCCUGGGUACCUCGAAGGAUAUCACGCUGGGUCCGACUGCGAUCAUGUCCCUCCUGGUUGCUUCAUACGCCAACCAUGAUCCAGUUUAUGCGGUGUUGCUGGCAUUCCUUUGUGGCUGCAUUCAACUCGCUAUGGGCAUCCUGCAACUCGGCUUCCUGGUUGAUUUUAUUUCCUAUCCGGUCAUAAAGGGAUUCACCUCCUCUGCUGCUCUGACCAUUGGCUUUGGACAAGUGAAGAAUAUUCUUGGUCUCCGUGACAUUCCCCGUCAGUUCUUCCGGGAGGUCUACUUCACGUUCUACCACAUUGCGGAGACCAGGCUCGGUGACCUUGUGCUCGGCCUGAGCUCCCUCUUGCUGCUGAUUCUGUUGAAGAUGAUGAAGAACCACCUUCUGAAGCGAUCGCAUCCUCUGUCGCUGCUGGACAGGGUGUGUCACGCCAUUGUCCACUUCGCGGGCACAGCCCGCAAUGCUGUGGUGGUGAUAACAGCCAGUCUGAUUGCGUUCUGUUUCGAAAGUCAAAACCAACACGUGUUUACUCUGACUGGGAAGUCCACCCAAGGUCUCCCACCUUUCCGGCUCCCAACCUUUUCGGAUGCAGCAUCCAACAGGACUGUCAGCUUUUCCGAGAUGCUUCAGAAUUUUGGAGCAGGAUUGGCCGUGGUGCCCCUGGUUGGGUUUCUGGAAAGUAUCGCGAUUGCCAAAGCUUUUGCCAGUCAGAACAAUUACAGAAUUGAUCCAAAUCAGGAGCUCCUUGCAAUCGGUAGCGCAAACGUUCUGGGAUCUCUAGUUUCAUCUUAUCCCGUAACCGGGAGUUUCGGAAGGACCGCAGUAAAUUCUCAAACAGGUGUGUGCAGCCCUGCUGGUGGAAUAGUCACUGGAGUUAUCGUGCUGCUGUCUCUCGCCUUCCUGACCCCUCUCUUCUACUAUAUCCCCAAAGGAGCUCUGGCGGCUGUGGUUAUCUGUGCUGUGUCCGGUGUGUUUGACUUGAGGAUCGUUGCCACGCUGUGGAGGGUAAAGAAACUGGACCUACUCCCUUUCCUAGCGUCAUUCCUGGGUUGCUUUUGGGAAAUCCAGUAUGGAAUUCUGGCUGGAAUUGCUUUGUCUGGGAUAAUUCUGCUCUUUAACAUCGCCAGACCGGAGAUGAAGAUUUCUGAUUACAGUACAGUUGUGGUACAGUUCCAGAGUGGUCUGAAUUUCCCUGCUGUUGAAUAUGUCAGUGACCUGCUGUACAGGCGUGUGUUAGAGGCCUCCCCUCCACGCUGUGUGAUUCUUGACGGUCUCCAUGUCAGCAGCAUUGACUACACGACAGUGAACGGCCUGCGGGAGCUCAUCCAGACUUUCCAGCAGCACAACGUCUCUCUACUCUUCUCUAAUUUUCGGCCCAAGAUUCUGUCGAUACUGACUUCAGCAGAGAUCGAAGGAUUGAGAUAUUUUGAUAGCACUGAGACAGCGCUUGGUUAUUUACACGGAGAUGACCACACACACGAGCUGGAUGACAGUGAGAAACCGCUACUCAACCAGACUGAGAGACUGUACUCCUAGUCCUAAAGCACUACCUCUCUGCCAAGAACUUGCUGCUCCACAAACCGUUCAGUCUGAUUAAUGGUAAAAAUAAUACCAUUGGGUGAGACACUGUGCCCGCUUGGAUCACACAGUGACAACAGCUCCUCAAUGACAUAACUGACCCUGAAAGGUUUGGACCCCUCCAUUAAUGGCGAUUAGAUUUUUGAACAUCUUCCAAAAAUCUCUCGCUCAGUCUCUUCACGCUAGUGAUUUUUAUAUUUUCCUAUUUUAAAUGUUAACCAAUUGAUUUGUCUGAACCCCAGUGUAAUUUUAUAAUUAUCAUGGUGUUUAGCAUUUUUUUUUUUGACCAUUACUAGCUCUGCAUCCAGACUCCAGAGAUUGGAUAUUGAAGCCAAUAGAAGUGAAGCUGGGAAAAGGCACAGCAGGUCAGACAGCAUCUGAGGAGCAGGAUGUUUCAGGCCGAAACCCAUUGCAGCCUGAAGCGUUGACUUCCCUGCUCCUCGGAUGCUGUCUGACCCACUGUGCUUUUCCCAGCUUCACACACCUACUGACUCCGGCUUUCAGUAUCUGCAGCCCUUACUGCCUCCAUGCCUUUGGAUAUUGAAGGUUUGCUCUGGGGAGGCUGGUGGGAGGGAAACAUUGCAACAAGCAGCUACUGUUUAGUUAGAACAUGGGUCUGAGCCUCCACUCACUCUCUCAGUCAGAGCUCCCAGUCACUGAGCAUAGUGUGUGCAAUUCAACUGUGUGAAUCCUGGCCUCUUUCCAUUCCUAAUGAAGAGUUUAUACUCAAAACGUCAAUGCUUCUCAGAUGCUGCCUGAUCUGCGGUGCUUUUCCAGCAUCACACUUCUUGACUCUUUCUGUGCUGGAUCAGAGUGUAAAUUUCCUGUAUACUGCAAGAUUGUAGUGUCCAAAAUUAUUGCUGUUUGACUGAGGCAGUCCAAUUUAAUAGUUAAAUCACAUCGCUGCUCAAGCCAGCGUACGUUUGCACUCCUGGGUUUUGUUUCAUUAUUGCACGCUGGUUGUGAUCUCCACGCCCUGCCUCGCCCCUUAAAUAUAAAACUAAGUGGAGGUCCCUUGCAGGUUGCUGGGUAGGCCAUGUCCCACAGCGGCUGAGGAAUGAAUUAGUUGCCAGACACCGCAGUAACUGAGGGAUUCAUAGAAGUUACUUCAGCAGUUGUCACUCGAGGAAAGGGUCAUUGGUCAGACUGAGUGACCAUUUCGUGUCCCCCCCCCCCCCCGAGAGCCUGCUUUUCAGUCACACCUGAUCGACACUUCUACACUCUGUAAAUAUUUCUUUGUCCUGAGGGAAAUGUUGCGUCUAUUGUAAAUUGAGAAGCUUCACCAACUUGCUUUUUUUAAAAAAGGGAACUUUCCAGUUUUUAAUUGUUGAACAGUCGAAUUGUAAGGCUGUAGUCUGGGCAUUUAUCCAAUCUCUUUUUCUUAAAAAGCACACCGUCGGCGUGGAAGGUUUGUUGCAAUACGAUGAUUAUUUGAAUAAGGCCACAUUGAGCACCAAGUGGACACUCGUCAUCACUCAUGGGGCUUUGCUUUUAAGUACUGCUUGAAACAUUUUCCCUCCUCAGUAAAUGAUCUUCAGUUAAAAUGUGAGGCAGGUUCUCAGGCUCCAGUAACAACAGAUAUUUUAUCAUCACAGCUGACCAAACUACUUCUGAAAGUAUUCCUU